AUGGUCCGCACUUCCGUUCUCCACGACGCCCUCAACUCCAUCAACAAUGCCGAGAAGGCCGGCAAGCGUCAGGUCCUGAUCCGACCUAGCUCCAAGGUCAUUGUCAAGUUCUUGCAGGUCAUGCAGCGCCACGGCUACAUUGGCGAGUUCGAGGAGGUCGACGACCACCGAUCUGGCAAGAUUGUCGUUCAGCUGAACGGCCGUCUCAACAAGACUGGUGUCAUCUCUCCCCGCUACAACGUCCGCCUGGCCGAUCUCGAGAAGUGGGUCGUCAAGCUGCUGCCUGCCCGUCAGUUCGGCUACAUCAUCCUGACCACCUCUGCUGGUAUCAUGGACCACGAGGAGGCCCGACGAAAGCACGUUGCCGGCAAGAUCAUUGGCUUCUUCUACUAG